UCUUCCCAAAACCUCCACAGCAAGAUGACGUUAAAGGUGGUGGCGGUGCUGGCUGUGGUGACUGCUGCCGUGGCUGACUCACCCUCCGCCCCAUUAUACUUCUACACAGCUCCUCGGGAACCAGUGGAAGCAUCAGUAGAGUCACCCGAAACCAGACCAGCCCACAGCUACAGCGUCCCUAAGGAAUAUACAGAAAAAUAUGAUGUGACCAAAUACGACUUCGACUGGUCAGUACAGGACGGUAACUCCGGCAACGACUUCGUCCACCAAGAGGACCGUGACAACAGGAAUAUUAAAGGGUCGUACACCGUGCAGCUUCCCGACGGUCGCCUGCAGACUGUGACUUACUACGUGGACGGUGACUCAGGCUACGUGGCCAAGGUCAAGUACGAGGGUGAGGCUCAGUACUCCGAGUCUUCUGAGUAUCGUCAGUACAAGCCACCCACUCCUCGGUACACCGCCCCCGAGUCAGAAGAGUCAGUGAAGACUCCAGUGUACACACCACCCAGGAGACUGUACACUGCCCCUGAGUUAGAAAAGACAACAGAGGCUCCCGUGUACACCCCACCUAGGAGAGUGUACACUGCCCCUGAGUCAGAAGAGUCAGUGGAGACUCCCGUGUACACCCCACCCAGGAGACUGUACACUGCCCCUGAGUCAGUACAGACAACAGAGGCUCCCGUGUACACCCCACCGAGGAGACUGUACACUGCCCCCGAGUCAGAAGAGUCAAUGGAGACUCCCGUGUACACACCCCCUAGGAGACGGUACACUGCCCCCGAGUCUGAAGAGUCAAUGGAGACUCCCGUGUACACACCACCUAGGAGACGGUUCACUGCCCCCGAGUCUGAAGAGUCAUUGGAGACUCCCGUGUACACCCCACCUAAGCGGCUCUACACAACACCCACUAAGCCGUUCGCUGCCACUCCCUAUUCACUGUCUCACCUCGCAGCUAACACAUUACACCUGAGACAUCACCUUGUUUCUGUACGAGGAGGUGACUCAACUCAUAACUCCUCAACUCAUAACUGCUUCUCUGUGAUAUUUUCAUAAACUAUUUCAAAGCUUUGUACAUAUGAGUAUUUAUUCAUAAUAAAUCUUCAACCAAUG